UGUCCCAUAAUGCUUUGCCACAGGACGUACGCGCUUCCUGUGAGACCAGGCAGCGAGAACAUACAUGUGUUCUUGUAUGUGCUGCUAACAGACGCAGGAGAAAAUGGACGAGGACACAAGUGCAGACGAAUAUCCCACAGAGAUCCAGGAAUGUCUUGUGGCCUUUGAGAAUUCUGUUGGUGCUGUUGAUCAAAUGUUGAACAAAAUGAUGUCUGUUUCCAGGUCCGAACUUCUUCAGAAAAUAGAACCACUGGAACAAGCAAAAUUGGAUUUGGUAUCUGCAUACACAUUAAACUCACUGUUCUGGGUGUAUUUGACCACGCAAGGAGUGAAUCCUAAGGAGCAUCCAGUGAAAACGGAAUUGGAAAGAAUACGAAGCUACAUGAACAGAGUCAAAGAAAUAACUGAUCGGAAGAAAGCAGCCAGAAUUGACACGGGAGCCGUCAAGAGAUUUAUAAAGCAUGCUCUCUGUGACCCUGCUGCAGAGGAAGUGUCUGCCCCCAAGAAGGAGCGCAAAUCCAAAUCAAAGCACAAAUAGCGCGGUUAGGCAUCUGUUUUGCAAACUUGCGAUCAUUGUUGUCUCAUUAUUAUUUUCCCUUCUCAAUUCAUUGACUGCUAAAAGUGUGUAUAAGCAAUAAAAUAUUGUUUUGUUUUUUUAAAUGAAAA